AUGUGGCUAGCGGCAGCCGAAUUCUUUGCUCAUCCUUGGACUGGCCCUGCGAUCAUUCCUCCCAUUGUGGAGGAAUUUGAGCGACUAGAACGAGAGUCAAAAAUAGCCAAAGCUCAGUCCAAGUCUAAGAAGCGCCCUGCAUCAACUCCAGAGAAUCCAAAAGGUGCCAAGGCACACGAUUCGCGCCCGUCUCCCUCUGUCCUGAUGCAAACGGAACUGACGCCACCAAAGGGUCGGUCCAAUCCCUACCAACGAACUCCACCUUCGGAUGCCACUCCUCCUCGCCAACAAGUGGUCAUGUCUGACGCCGUUCACGUCAUUGCCGGCACC